CGUGCAGGUGGAGGUAAGCAAGCAAGCACAGCACCGUCUCAGGGUAAGAGGAAAGCACGUGCACAGCAAGAUGCAGCGGUGGCACUGAUUGAGAAGAACGCCUCGUACGCUAUACUACACGAUGAUGAAGGGGAGGCCGAUGAAAAGGCCCGCAAAAAGGCUAAGAAGGCCAAGAAAAAGGAUAAAAAGGAGCGUGAGAAACAUUUGAGGGCUAAUAGAGGAGAUGCGGAGAGAGAUGGCGACGAGGAUGAUGAUGGGAUCAACAGAGACUAUCUGGAACAGAGGCAUAGGAGG